UUCACUUCAGAUAAACACAGGAAUGCUAUGCAUGUAUCGCGUGAUUAUAAAAUGUUAGGAUUCAACUCAAUGCCGGAUGUUUAACGGAAAUAACACGACGGACGGUUGGGUUUUGGAGAAGAACUGCCGGCCCGAGUGGCCGCGGUGGACAUGUCUCACUGCAAACGUGUGUGGGCUCUGCAGCACCGCUAUAUGGUUUAUCGUCCUGUUACCGCAAGUGUGGAAAAACUUCCGGCGCCGAUCCGUUCGCGGUCUCAGCGUGCUAUGGGCUUCUGCAAACUUCACCGCGUCGUUGAUCAAUCUUUUCUUUGUGUUUCUCUACGUUAAAGUUCCGCUGUACUCCCAAAUUAGCGCUGUCUACUCACCAGUGCUGGAGCUCGCUUUGCUCGUGCAGUUCUUGUUGUACGGAACACAAAGCCGGAAGGAGAAGGUCAUAUUUGCAGCGGGUUGCCUCCUGCUCUGGGGAGCCGUUGUCACCAUAGAGAUCGUUUUCCACCUUGAAGAUUUUGUGGAGUACGCGGCCAUCACUUUAUGGAGUAUCGAGACCUUUCCACAGGUGAUUCUGAAUAUGAGGCUACAGUCAACCAGUGGACAGGCAACCAGCUCCGUUGCCAUAGCGAUGGUUGGCAAGACAACAGACUUCCUAGCAACAAAUGGUCUCGUGAUGCCGCUUCAGUACGUCAUUAUGCGCUACUUCUCAACAAGCGUCGCUUACGUUAACGGUAUCCAAGUCGCAUAUUACUAUGGCAACGACUUUGUCGAACAGGACCGGAAGUUAAAAUCAGAGAAUGGAAUCGACUCCUUAAAAGCAAGAUAUGUAAAUGAAAUGCCGAAUACAGAAAUGAAAAUGGCAAAGGAAGUGAAAAACGUUUUGGACAGAACUGACAAAUUAAGAUGCAAUACAUUUGAGAAUUGUGCUCGAGUCACUUGUAUUUGUAUUUUUGUUGUUUUGCUUGCCGGCUGUGUUGUUGGAUUUUGUCUCAACCUGGAUUCAUUUUAUGGAUUGUUUGGACCAAUUUUCAUUUGCUCCGUCCUUCUUGCUGCAAAGUGUUACAUUUUUCAUUGUAAUAGCAAGUCUUAUGAAGUACGAAAUCUUUUAAACUAAACGAUAUCUAUGAUUUAUAAAAAUGCGUGUGAACACAAAAUUGAAGACACUUUUAAUUACCACAAGAAGUUUUAUGCUUUGUAGUGGUCAACUGUCAUUGUUAUUUUUUUUAACCAAAAUGAUUUUAACAUUUGAAAUGUAUAAAAUGUAAAAAAAAACAUAAAUGACAAAAUGUGAUAAAUGUGAUAAAUGUGAUAAAUGUGAUAAAUGUGA